GGAGACUCCUCGGGAACCCCUCCUCCCGGUGCCCGCUCGCCAGCCUGCCCGGCGCCGCCCGCAGGGAAGCCCCUUUCCCGCAGCUCCGCGCGUCCCCUCUGCGCCCAGCCCUGCCCCCUCCGGCUGUCCCCGUGGAAGUCGCAGGGCGACCUGAAGCCGAUCCAGCCAUGGCGACUCCCUCUGCUGCCUUUGAGGCCCUUAUGAAUGGAGUGACCAGCUGGGAUGUCCCCGAAGAUGCCAUCCCAUGUGAACUGCUUCUCAUUGGAGAGGCCUCCUUUCCGGUCAUGGUGAAUGACAUGGGCCAGGUCCUCAUUGCUGCCUCCUCCUAUGGCCGAGGCCGCCUGGUGGUGGUGUCCCACGAGGACUACUUGGUAGAAGCCCAGCUCACUCCCUUUCUCCUCAAUGCAGUGGGUUGGCUUUGUUCUUCCCCUGGGGCUCCCAUUGGCAUACACCCGUCCCUGGCACCCCUGGCCAAAAUCCUUGAGGGUUCUGGGGUAGAGGCGAAGAUUGAGCCCGAAGUGAAAGACUCCCUGGGGGUUUACUGCAUUGAUGCCUACAAUGAAACCAUGACAGAAAAGUUGGUCAAGUUUAUGAAACGUGGAGGGGGCUUGCUCAUUGGAGGCCAGGCCUGGGACUGGGCCAACCAGGGCGAUGACGAAAGGGUGCUUUUCACGUUCCCUGGCAACCUCGUGACCAGUGUGGCCGGCGUGUACUUCACUGACAACAAAGGGGACACAAGUUUCUUUAAAGUCUCCAAGAAGAUGCCCAAGAUCCCAGUCUUAGUUAGCUGUGAGGAUGACCUCUCCGAGGACAGAGAUGAGCUCCUGCACGGGAUUUCAGAGCUGGACAUCAGCAACUCAGACUGCUUCCCAUCCCAGCUGCUGGUGCACGGGGCUCUGGCCUUUCCCCUGGGGUUAGACUCCUACCAUGGCUGUGUCAUAGCGGCUGCCCGCUACGGCCGGGGCCGGGUGGUCGUGACCGGCCACAAGGUAUUAUUCACCGUUGGCAAACUGGGCCCCUUUCUGCUCAAUGCUGUGCGCUGGCUGGACGGGGGCCGCAGAGGCAAGAUCGUGGUGCAGACAGAACUGAGGACACUGAGCGGCCUGCUCGCAGUGGGGGGCAUAGACACCAGCAUCGAGCCCCAUCUGACCAGCGACGCGAGUGUCUAUUGCUUUGAACCCGUGAGCGAUGUGGGGGUCAAAGAGCUGCAGGAGUUCGUAGCAGAGGGCGGGGGACUGUUCGUUGGAGCCCAAGCCUGGUGGUGGGCCUUCAAGAACCCUGGAGUGUCCCCUCUGGCUCGGUUCCCAGGAAACCUCCUCCUCAACCCCUUUGGCAUCAGCAUCACAAGCCAGAGCCUCAAUCCGGGGCCCUUCCGUACUCCUAAAGCAGGGAUCAGGACCUAUCACUUCCGCUCCACUCUGGCUGAGUUCCAGGUCAUAAUGGGCCGGAAGAGAGGGAAUGUGGAAAAGGGCUGGCUGGCAAAGCUGGGGCCGGACGGGGCUGCUUUCCUCCAGAUCCCCGCAGAGGAGAUCCCUGCCUAUAUGUCUGUGCACCGGCUGCUGAGGAAACUGCUGAGUCGCUAUCGGCUCCCGGUAGCAACGCGAGAGAACCCUGUUAUCAAUGAUUGCUGCAGGGGUGCUAUGCUCUCCCUGGCCACUGGUCUGGCCCACUCGGGAAGCGACCUCUCUCUGUUAGUGCCAGAAAUCGAAGACAUGUACAGCAGCCCCUAUCUGCGCCCCUCGGAAUCCCCUAUCACCGUUGACGUCAACUGCAACAAUCCAGGCACCAGAUAUUGCUGGAUGAGCACCGGGCUCUACAUUCCUGGAAGGCAGAUCAUAGAGGUCUCGCUGCCUGAAGCUGCUGCCUCUGCUGAUCUGAAGAUACAGAUUGGCUGCCACACGGAUGACCUGACCAGAGCCAGCAAGCUGUUCCGAGGCCCGCUCGUGAUCAACCGGUGCUGCUUGGACAAGCCCACAAAGUCCAUCACCUGCCUCUGGGGCGGCCUCCUCUACAUCAUCGUGCCUCAGAGCAGCAAACUGGGCUCCGUGCCCAUCACUGUGAAGGGGGCUGUGCAUGCCCCGUACUACAAGCUAGGGGAGACCUCGCAGGAGGAGUGGAAGAGGCGUAUCCAGGAGAAUCCAGGUCCCUGGGGAGAGCUGGCUACGGACAACAUCAUCCUGACUGUGCCAACUGCCAAUCUCCGUACCCUGGAGAACCCUGAGCCAUUGCUUCGCCUCUGGGAUGAGGUGAUGCAGGCUGUGGCGCGGCUGGGGGCCGAGCCCUUCCCUUUGCGUCUGCCCCAGAGGAUCGUCGCCGACGUACAGAUCUCAGUUGGCUGGAUGCACGCAGGGUACCCCAUCAUGUGCCAUCUGGAGUCUGUGCAGGAGCUCAUCAAUGAGAAGCUCAUCAGAACCAAGGGGCUGUGGGGCCCCGUCCACGAGCUCGGCCGUAACCAGCAACGGCAGGAGUGGGAGUUCCCCCCGCACACCACGGAGGCCACCUGCAACCUGUGGUGUGUUUAUGUGCAUGAGACGGUCCUGGGCAUCCCUCGAGGCCGUGCCAAUAUUGCUCUGUGGCCUCCGGUUCGGGAGAAGAGGGUCCGAAUCUACCUGGGCAAGGGUCCCAAUGUGAAAAACUGGAAUGCGUGGACCGCCCUGGAAACAUAUCUCCAGCUACAGGAGGCCUUUGGGUGGGAGCCGUUCAUCCGUCUCUUCACUGAGUACAGGAACCAGACCAACUUGCCCACAGACAAUGUUGACAAAAUGAAUCUGUGGGUGAAGAUGUUCUCCCACCAAGUGCAGAAGAAUCUGGCUCCGUUCUUUGAGGCCUGGGCCUGGCCUAUCCAGAAGGAAGUGGCUACCAGCCUGGCCUAUCUGCCUGAAUGGAAGGAAAAUAUUAUGAAAUUAUACCUCCUCACACAGAUGUAAGGAGUGCCCAGCGAGGUGGCAGGCCCCACUGAAAUUGAAGUCGAGAAAUGCAAAAGAGAAUUGACACAUCUCAGCAAAGAAAACGGAACAGAUUUGAUAAUAACUGAAGAAGAUCUCAACACAUUUCUGGAAGAGAGAAGGUGGAUGAAGCAUGAUAAUGAAUGAAAGAGUGAAGGUGUCUUUCAGACAGAAUAGAAGCUGAUCUGAACAACCUAAUCCCAAAGAAACAUGAGCACCUGAAGAGUCUAUAGAGUUAUACCUUAUACCCGUUGUAAAUCUGAACCCCGUCCUAUCCUACCCCAACCAUUGUGCAGAACACAGGCAGUAUUGCGAUUGGUACCCAUUAAAAAUCUGUUGUUCUUGUUGUUGUUGUUGUUUGUACAGAAGUUGAUUAAGCUGCCUGAGGAGAGGUAGAAGUUGGUGCCCCAGAAUAAGAUUUCUCUUUUUUGGAAAUAAGUGACAACCCCCCCCCCCCCCAGCCUAUCAGCUAAUUCUCUGUCAAAAUCCCUCUGCAAAUGCCCAAGUGCUUCUAGUUCCAGAAGAGGCUUAACUAGAGAAACAGACCCAGCCAUACAAUGGCAGAGGAUACCCACGCCAAUUCCUAUAGAAGUUAACAGUUAUAUUGAUUCUUAAAUGCAAAUGGUCAGCCCAGUAGUUUGGGCAUUAGGAGGUGGAGGGGGAGGACCAGGGGAGAAGCAUGUAAGAAAAAUAACCAGUUAGAAUUGGGAGACUUGAAAAAUACAACCAACUCUAGAGGAAACAAAGUGAACAUGGUGAACAAAGUGAACAUGAAAACAGAAGGCUACAAAGGAAAGAAAAACAAUAAAAAGAGCCCUUUGAAAGUGAAAUAAAACUACCCAAAAUAUUCAGUAGACAGGCUGGAAAAUAAAGUUGAGGGCAACUCCCUAGAUACACAACAAAAA